GAACGCACGCUCUGAGUUUUCGUAUCGUAUCUCUCUCAAUUCUCCUCCUCCUCCUCUCAUCUCAUCCCUCUCUUGAUCCAUGGCGGAGCACGAAGAGUCCACGACGCUGCUGGAGAAGAUCGUUGAGAAGAUACACGGCCACGACGGUUCGGCUUCCUCCUCCGAUUCUGACGACAACAAGCCAUCGCAUGCGCAUGUCGACGCCUUCAAGUCCAAGAUUAAUCGCAUCUUCGGCAGGGAGAAACCCGUGCACAAGGUCUUAGGCGGGGGCAAACCGGCUGAUGUUAUUCUGUGGAGGAACAAGAAGAUAUCAGCUGGUGUGCUUGGUGUUGCCACUGCAUUGUGGUUUCUCUUUGAGGUGCUUGAGUACCACUUAGUCACUCUGGUCUGCCACAUAUUGAUGGUUUCUCUGGCUAUCCUUUUCUUAUGGUCCAAUGCAGCUGUGUUUAUCAACAAGUCUCCUCCUCAGAUUCCAGAAGUUGUACUUCCUGAGAAGUGCAUACUUGAAAUUGCUUCUGCACUGAGAAUUGAAAUUAAUAGGGGUUUGGCUGUUGUGCGUGAGGUUGCUUCAGGGAGAGAUUUGAAGAAGUUUCUUGGUGUUAUAGCAGGAUUGUGGGUUCUGUCCAUUUUGGGUAACCGGUUCAGCUUCUUGACCUUGUUCUACAUAGUGUUUGUUCUGCUACACACUGUACCGGUUCUCUAUGAGAAACAUGAGGACCAGGUUGAUUCAUUUGCUGAGAAGGCGAUGAUUGAGAUCAAGAAGCAGUAUGCAGUGCUUGAUGAGAAGGUUUUGAGUAAAAUUCCCAUACAUCAAGUUCUAGGACAAGUGAAAGAUAGUAAGAAAGAUUAGUCGACAUAAAUGGAACGCUUGUCUUUCUGUGAAUGGAUGACCAUGUUUUGGUCCUCCUCGUCUCUACUUUGUUUUGGUCCUUUACAUCUCUAGAACCGUUGUUUCUAAUUUAUAUUUUUCACACAUUGUCAUUGAAUAUGGUACUGAAAAGUUUUUAGUUUUAGAUCACAUGCUUUGCUGAUCUAUUCAGGCCAGCAUUGUUCAACAUUUAGAAACAUAAUUGUGCAGUUUUAUUGGGUCUAAAAAUUUAAUAAAUGGCAUUGUAUCUU